AUGCAUUUCUUUUCCAAGACAACCAUCGCCCUUACGGUGGCUCUUGCUGCCUUCUCUGAUGCCACUUCCCAUGGACGCCACAGAUACCGCCAUUUCAACCGCCAGGAUUCCAGCGUCAGUGUGCCUCUCGGCACUGGCUAUCCUACCCCAACCAGCACUAUGGGAGAGGCCCCUGCCAAAAAGCCAGUUGACACCUCUUUACCUGGAAUGACUUCCGUUUCUGUUCCAACGGGCACAGGAUCAAACCCAAAGCCUACUCCUCAUGACCCAAGCUGUACUGUGAUUACUUCUGUAGUCUCCUAUACCUUGGGACCCGGCAACAGUGUUACCUCAUACACUUACACAACUUCCGUUCCUAUCACCCAUGAGACUCGCACCGUUAUCCCCACUCCUGUUGGCCCUCCAUCAAGUGUCACGCCCACUACCAGAACCACCACUUCAACCAGCACAUCCACUUCGACUGAAUGGGUUACUGUUACCGAAAAUUGCACCAGCGCCUCCCAGGGCGCUCCCGGCAGUGCUCAAACGAAGGCUCCAGAGAAGCCAGCUGGCAAUCCCGGCCAGGCUCCUACCAACGCUCCACAGCCACCAGCUGGCGCUCCAGGUCCUGAUAAUACUUGCCCUUGCCCUUGCCCUCCCCCCUUCACAGCUACUGUCACAGCUACUGUCACUCAGGCAACUGCCACUGUUACCAUGACUGUCACCACCGAACCAAAGCCAACCAAGGCUCAGGAAGCUGGUAACCACGCUCCAGCUGUGAAGUCGCCCGAUCAAGCCACCCCUCAAUUCCCUUCUUUAAAGCCCACCCACCCAGCCCAUCCCAGCCAUCCUAGCCAUGGUAUGCCCCACGGUACCGGCUCUCCAGCCUACCAUUUUCCAACCGGUCUUGCUUACUAG